GCACCACGUACCAUUUUCACAAACGAUGUCCAAAGCGGAAAUAUUGAAGGGCAAAGUGCCCGUUGCCAUGCUGCAAGAGAUGUGCGCCAAAUCCAAGUGCUCGCUCCCGGUGUACCAAUAUAUCAGUGACGAAGUUUCACCGCACAGUGCAAAUGCUAAAAUCUUCACCUACAUGGUGUCCGCCCUGGGUAAACAGGCGAAAGGCAUCGGUAGAUCGAAGCAGGAAUCGAAGCACGAAGCUGCCUGGCAACUGAUACGCUCGGUGCUCAAUCUUCCGGCUGAGGAAGAGGACGAAAUGGUUGCUGCAGCCGGAGAACGAGGUUCGUUGGCCGCCCUUGAGCUGGGUGUGGACCGUGUCAGCCAGGUGCGGGAUAUCUGCAUCCAGCGUAAUUUCCCGCUCCCCGAAAUUGAGCUGGUACGCAAUUACGGCCCUUCCCAUGCGCCGGUGUUUGAGUACGAGUGUCGCAUCCGGGAUAUUGUGCGCCGUGGAAUGCAUGCCACGAAAAAGGGUGCAAAGCAGAUUGCCUGUCAAGAGAUGAUCAAAACACUGCAGUCGAUGCCGGUUGAAGAGGAAAAUUUGCAGCUACUAACGCUGGAUGACGCGAUUGAAGAGGCGGACGAUACGAAAGAGAACAUCAUACGAAAUUAUCGCGAAUAUACGCAAUCGGACAGUAAGAAAAAGCUUGGCGUUUCCAUAGCGGAUAGGCACACGUUUUUUCUCGAGCUGUCUCAGGAACGAAUCGAUCAGGCGCGUCAACUGUUGCUGAAUCCGGAGGAAACAGUGCGCGAGAAAUGUUUGCGAAUUGCGACAGUACUCGGGCUAAAGCACAAGAUAGAAUUUUCCAAUACCAAUUUGCCAAAGAAAAGUGGCAACUUCUUGAGCACGUACGAGCUGAUGAACCAUGAGUACGACUGCUUGAUCAUAGGUGAAGGGGAAACAUUCUACUCCAACGUUUGUGACUAUUUUGCCCGAAUGCUCAACAUAAAGCCAAAAUGCGGAGAAAAUGAACUUUUACGCAUGAAACAACUUCACAAUUCGCCGGAGGAACCUUUGAUGUUUAUCGAUGCCGAGGACUCUUCCAAUGAUCUGAAACGCCCUAACAAUAGCUGUGCAUUUUCACAAGAGCAUAAAAUUCCCCGGUUGACAUUGUAA